AUGUCUAAGAAGGAGGAUCCGAUGGAGGAGAUCAUGGAGUCCAGAGUCAUGUGGUACCCUGAUAGCAAGAAAAUCACCCAGAUGGACCAGUUCAGGGCCAGGGUGAACAGGAACUAUGGGCUCAGUCUGGCCAAUUACAAUGAACUGUACCAGUGGUCUGUGGAAUGCUACCCAGAAUUUUGGGCAGAAUUUUGGGAUUUUAGUGGUCUUGUCUACUCGCUCAUGUACAAUGAGGUCAUUGACAGGUCGAAAGGGAUUGCUGAUGUUCCAGAAUGGUUUCAUGGGAGCCGUUUGAAUUAUGCUGAGAACCUUCUCAAACACAAAGAAAACGAUAAAAUUGCUCUAUAUGCUGCAAGGGAAGGCAGGGAGAACGUGGAAAAGGUGACUUUUGAAGAGCUGAGAAGAAAUGUAGCUUUUUAUGCAGCUGCUAUGCGGAAAAUGGGAGUUGAAACUGGAGACCGUGUUGUUGGCUAUCUUCCAAACUGCAUCCAGACAGUGCAAGCCAUGCUGGCAGCUGCAUGCAUUGGAGCCAUUUGGAGUGCCACUUCCCCAGACUUUGGAGUUAAUGGAGUCCUGGAUAGAUUUUCCCAAAUUCAGCCCAAGCUGAUCUUCUCUGUGGAAGCAGUGAAUUAUAAUGGAAAGGAGCAUGCACAUCUGGAGAAGCUACAUAGUGUAGUAAAAGGAUUACCAGACUUGAAGAAAGUGGUAGUGAUUCCUUAUGUCCAGGCAAAAGAGAAAAUAGACAUCUCUAAGAUUCCUAACAGUGUGUUCCUGGAUGAUUUCCUGGCAACUGGAAAAGUUGGGGACCAGGCCCACAGCUGGAGUUUGAGCAGCUACCCUUCAAUCACCCCCUGUAUAUUAUGUACUCGUCUGGUACUACUGGAGCCCCAAAAUGUAUGGUGCAUUCUGCUGGAGGUAGUCUGAUCAAACAUUUGUCAGAGCAUAUUCUUCAUGGCAAUACUACUACAGUGAUCUCGUCAUGUACUACACCACGGCUGGAUGGAUGAUGUGGAACUGGCUGGUUACAGCUAUAGCCACUGGAGCUUCGGUGGUGCUGUAUGAUGGGUCUCCUCUUGUUCCUAAUCCCAACAUACUUUGGGAUCUCGUGGACAGACUGGGGAUAACCAUAUUGGGAACCGGAGCCAAGUGGUUGGCUGUUCUAGAGGAGAAGAAUUUUAAACCUCGUGAAACCAAUAGCCUGCAAACACUUCACACCAUACUAUCAACUGGAUCACCUCUAAAGCCACAAAGCUAUGAUUAUGUUUAUAAGCAAAUAAAAAGCAAUGUUCUUCUGGGAUCCAUCUCUGGUGGUACAGACAUUAUAGCUUGUUUUAUGGGACAGAAUCCUACCAUUCCAGUAUACAGAGGGGAAAUCCAGGCAAGGAACCUGGCAAUGGGAGUUGAAGCAUGGAGUGAGGAAGGAAAAGCAGUGUGGGGGGAAAGCGGAGAACUAGUGUGCUUAAUUCCGCUCCCAUCUCAGCCCACACACUUCUGGAACGAUGAAGAUGGCAGCAAAUACCAGAAAGCAUACUUCUCCAAAUUCCCAGGUGUCUGGGCUCAUGGUGACUACUGUAAAAUCAACCCUAAGACUGGAGGCAUCGUCAUGCUGGGACGCAGUGAUGGCACUCUGAAUCCUAACGGGGUACGAUUUGGAAGCUCAGAAAUCUACAAUAUAGUUGAAUCCUUUGUGGAGGUAUCAGACAGCUUGUGUAUUCCCCAGUACAACAAAGAUGGAGAAGAGCGAGUGAUUCUCUUUCUUAAAAUGAACAAUAAUUACACUUUUGGCAAUGACCUGGUAAAGAGGAUAAGAGACUCUAUUAGAGUAGCGCUGUCUGCCAGACAUGUACCAUCUCUGAUCCUUGAAACAAAAGACAUUCCAUACACAAUUAGUGGGAAGAAAGUAGAAGUUGCUGUAAAACAAAUCAUCGCCGGAAAGGAGGUAGCACAUCGCGGGGCAUUCUCCAAUCCUCAGUCCCUGGAUCUGUACCGCAACAUUCCAGAACUGCGGAAUUUCUGA